AUAGGGAUUGAUAUAUACAUAUGUAUACACCAAGCAUAAAGCAUACAAAAGAUAAUAUGGGUGGUUUAAUGUUUUUGUUGGUGCUGUCUUUGAGUAGUGUUCUUAUUAUCCACACAAGUGAGGCUCAGAUAUGCUUACCCAAGAAACAUGCAUCCUUAUUUGUAUUUGGAGAUUCAUUGUUUGACAUUGGAAACAACAAUUAUAUCAAUACAACAAUUCCUUUUCAGGCAAAUUAUCCUCCCUAUGGAAUAACCCUCUUCAAGUAUCCAAGUGGAAGAUUUUCUGAUGGACGUAUGAUUCCAGAUGUCAUUGCUGAGCUUGCAAAGUUGCCUCUGGUUCCACCAUAUCUUCAUCCUGGAAAUCCUGAUUUCACCUAUGGAGUCAAUUUUGCCUCUGGGGGAUCUGGUGCUCUGCUUCAAACUGCUCAAGGAUAUGUGAUAGACCUUCACACCCAGGUGAAAUAUUUCAAAAAUGUAAAGAAAAUAUUAAGGGAGAAAAUAGGAAAUGAAGAAGUAGAGGCACUGCUCAAAAGAUCUGUGUACUUUCUCAAUGUUGGAAGCAAUGAUUAUGGUGGCCUUUUGAAUGUUACAAACUCCACUGUGAGCCUAUUGCCGGUUGAUAAACAACAAUUUGUUGGUUUUGUCAUUGGAAACCUUACAAAUGCCAUUAAAGAAAUUUAUGAGCAAGGUGGAAGAAAGUUUGGUUUUUUAAAUGUGGGUCCUAUAGGGUGUUCUCCAAGCAUAAGGGCUCAGAACAAUGGAAGCAAAUGCUUUGAUGAGAUUUCAGCGGUUGCAAGGUUACAUAAUAUUCAACUCUCAAAGAUGAUUCUGAAGCUUAAGAAACAGCUCAGUGGAUUCAAAUAUUCAGUCCAUGAUUUCUAUGCUUCACUUUCUCCAGUUAUCAAAGAUCCUUCAAAAUAUGGUUUCAAAGGAGGAAGUGGGGGAUGUUGUGGAAGUGGAGCAUUAAGAGGAUUAGAUGCGUGUGGUGGGAACAAAGGGAUCAAAGAAUAUGAAUUAUGUGACAAUCCAAAUGAUUAUAUCUUCUUUGAUGCUCGUCAUUUUACGGAUAAAGCUAGCCAGUACUUUGCUCAGCUCAUUUGGGAUGCCAACUACACUCUCAAUAAGCCUUACAAUCUCGUGAUUGACCUUAGUAGCCAACUCAAAUACUUCAUUGAAGUUGAAACAUUGCUGAAGCAGAAAUUGAGAGAUGAAGAAGCUAGGACAUUAUUGAUAUCUAAAGCUAUCUACUUGUUUAGUAUAGGGACCAAUGAUUAUCUUGUUCCUUUCAUUCCAAAUAUUUAUUCAAUCAUUUUACAAAAGUACCCUCCACAAGUCCAUGUGGAUAUGAUUCUAGGCAACUUGACCAUUGUCAUCAAAUUAAUAAUAUGUUUAUUGGGAUUUUUUAUUUUUGAGGAAAUAUAUAAGAAAGGAGGAAGAAAGUUUGGUUUUCUAAACCUUUUUCCAUUAGGGUGUUUACCCGUAGCAAAAGCACUUAAUCUAGAAAUCAAUAAAGAUGGCUGCGUUGAAGAGAUUAUGGAAAUUACUCAGCUACACAAUGUUGCACUUAAGGAACUCCUUCAAAAGCUAGAAACUCAGCUACAAGGAUUCAAAAGCAAAAAAUCUGGUGUGAAGUUCACUGACAGAGAACCACUGAGUGUUUUCAUCAGUUCAUCAAGCACUUUGUCAGAUUUAAAGAACAGCAUCUUGCAGAAGCUUGAGGUAUUUGGUAGCAAGUGGGUGAAGAAGCUAUUCUACAAGAUUCCCAUCGCAGUUGUCUCGACCGGUGUUAAGUAUGAUACCUUUGUGCUAGCGGCUGAUGAAGAUAUUAGGGUUCUAUUUCAUUGUGCUAGGAGUUUUUCGGAGGUCAGAAUACACGAGUUGUUCGCGAAGUUGGAGGUUGGUGUCGAUAGUUCUGGGGCAUCAGCUCCAGUUCAUAGCUUGACUACCGCGGGAGGUGCGUCUAGUUUGAUGCCUGCGGUCAGACCAUCUAUUCCGCUGGUUGCAUCUCCUUCAUUCGCGGUUGAUUUAGAUCGAACAGAAGUUGUUGGUUCUGUACCUUUGGAGAAUCCAGGGGUCUGUGAGCAGCAAGGAACAAAAAAUAAGAAUCUUCUUAUAAAAUUGAUUUUCAUUAUUGGCCAUAGCGGAAACAACACUCUUCCCAUCAUCCUUCAUUUCGUUAUUAUUCCGAUAAUGUGA